CGAUAUUGAUGUAUUCUCUCUCUGAGCUGAUACGAACUGGACUGGUCGUGAAUUGAUGAUGAACUGAGCAGAUUGAUGUGACCCGAACACUCUCGGAAGACUCUCUCAAGACUGACUCUCUCAACAGACUGAAUGCCUAGCUACGCCUGGAAGGAUCUGCUCUGUGAGCCGUGGUACCAUGUGGAGGCGCGCUAUGCUGCACGGCAGUCUCCUGCUGCAUCUGCCGGCGAGGACCACCAGUUUUCUGCCGGCAUCUCAUCCUACCUUCACCACCUUUAUGGGUCAGGCUAAAAAAAAUCAAGGAGGUGCGAAUCAGGAUGUCGGGGGCCUGCCAGGCGAGGUUGAUGUGGUGGUGGUGGGGGGAGGAGUGCUGGGCUGCAGUUCCCUGUACCAUCUGGCCAAACUAGGCGUCACCAACACCAUCCUGCUGGAGGCUCACGAGUUGACGGCAGGAACAACAUGGCACACCGCGGGAUUAAUGUCCACCAUGGGAAGAAGCGAGACGGACUACUCUCUUCGGAAUACAACACUCAAUAUGCUUCGUCGCCUGGAGGAGGAAACGGGCGUCAGUCCCGGAUUGAUAGAAAACGGUUCAGUUUAUAUUUCUUCAACGAGGAAGGGCCAGGCUGUAAGGAAGGAUGAGUUCGCGCGAUGGGUAACGUUCAUGCGUGUGCUGGGAUGUGAAUGCGAACUUAUUACCCUUUCACAGCUCAAGGACCUCUAUCCACUCGUAGACACGAGCGAUAUCAACGCUGUUGUACACGUUCGAGAAGGAGGUCAGAUGGAUCCAGCAGGAACUUGCGAAGGCCUGACAAGAUGGGCGAUGAAACAAGGGGCUCGUGUGGUGAAAUGCUGUCCAGUCACUGAUAUUAGGACAACAGAGACGCUGCUAGGGGGACGCAGAGUGUCUGAGGUGCACACCAACCAGGGCGUUAUCAAGACCAACGCUGUGAUCAAUGCAACAGGAAGUUGGGGUAACUACAUCACAUCCAUGGUCGGCGUCACCCUUCCGCUGCAGUCGUUCCGGCACGGCUACGUGGUGACAGAAGGCGUAGAGGGCCUGCUGGGAAUGCCUGUACUUAGAGACUUAGUGUCCUCAGCGUACUUGAAGGCGCAAGGAGACUCCGCGGUGAUUGGAUACUUCGAGCCAAACCCAGAACCCAUCGAUCAGAUCAGACGUAAUUUCCCAUUUGGACUCUACGAAAUGAACUGGGAUAUAUAUGGACCAAUACACGAACAAAUCAUACAGCGAAUCCCUAUUCUCGAAAACGUUGGCAUAAAGUCAACCAUCGUGGGUCCAGAGUCUUUCACCCCCGAUGGUCGGGCAAUUAUGGGAGAGGAUCCAAACGUGCAAGGGUUCUUUCACUGCUGUGGUUUUAAUAGUCACGGAAUGCAGUACUCAGGGGGAUGUGGGGACCAGCUAGCUAAGUGGGUGAUCCGGGGUGAACCGGAGCUUGACCUCUUCGGUUUUGAUGUUCGACGCUUCCACCCGCCAUUGAUUAAGAACAAGAGCUGGGUGUUGGCUCGUUCCCAAGAAUGUUUGUCUUCCAAUUACAGCAUCGUUUUUCCCCAUGACGAACCUCUAGCUGGCCGGGGACAGAGGCUUUCCCCACUACAUCAGGAGCUGGAGGCGGCGGGGAGUGUGUUCCAGGAGCGGAAUGGGUGGGAGCGACCGGGUUGGUUCCAUUCCAGCCCAGUGCCUGUCCUCCCCUACGACUACUUUGGUGCCUAUGACCAUACUCCUGCCCACGCUGACCACCCUUACUACAGUCUGCUUACUCAAGAUAACACGUUUGACUUUCCCGUCCAUCAUGAUGUGAUCCAGCAGGAGUGUAUAGCUUGCAGGGAACGGGCGGCCGUCUUUGACAUGACCUCUUUCGGGAAGUAUUACCUAACCGGGCCUGACGCCCAGAGAACAGCCGAUUGGGUCUUUUCAGCAAACAUGACCGGUCCAGCGGGUUCCACUAUUUACACCUGUAUGUUGAAUGAACGGGGCGGAGUGGAAGCGGAUCUCACUGUGAGUGUGUGUGAGGGCGGUGAAGGGACAGCAUGUGACCCUUCCUUCGAGGGUCGCGGGUUUUACAUCACGACUGGAGGAAGUACCGGUCGUUACUGCGCGAAGCACAUCUUGAAGGAGGCAAGGAGUCAAGGAUGGCUCGUGGAUCUGGAAGACCGCACGGAAGACCUAGCUCUGAUUUCCGUACAGGGACCACAUAGCCGGGACAUCCUGCAGCAGCUGACGCACGAAGACCUUGCAGACUCUUCCUUCCCUUUCUCCUCUCACAAGACUAUAACUCUGGCUGGUCACUCCCUUCGCGCCCUGAGACUCUCUUUUGUGGGAGAACUCGGAUGGGAGCUACACGUGCCACGCGACUCCGCCCUGGCUGUCUAUCGCUCGCUGAUGGACGUCGGCAAAUCAUGGGGCAUUACCAAUGCUGGUUUCCGUGCCAUUGACUCCCUGUCUUGCGAGAAGGGUUACCGCCACUGGCAUGGCGACGUCCGUCCCGACGACACACCCCUAGAGGCUGGCCUCGCUUUUACCUGUAAGCUGAAUACACAGACUAACUUCAAGGGCCGCGCUGCUCUAGAGUGUCAACGAAAGGAGGGAAUUUCCAAAAAGUUAGUGACACUGACGCUGGAAGACGGAUCGCGGCCGCUAUGGGGGCUGGAGGCCAUCGUGCGAGACGGUGAGGUGCUGGGCUACGUCCGUCGAGCUGAAUAUGCCUUCAGUCUGGGCCGUGCAAUCGCAUAUGGUUAUGUGCGACGGCCUGAGGGUGGCCGUGUCACUAAGGAAUUCUUAAGCAGCGGCACGUGGCAGCUUGAGGUUAUGGGUAAACGGCUCCCUGCGUCCCUUCAUUUGAAGCCUCCAUUUGAUCCUCAAAACCUUCGGGUGAAGGGCAUCUAUGGCGGCCAAUAAGCAAGCUACGGUUUGGAGAAGUCAACUCAUAUUCUUCCUUUGUCUUAUGUAUUUCAUCUUUUCUUUGGUGUUUCUUAGGCUACAAUAAACGUUUGGUCUACUUUAUCUCUUAAAAGAAGUUAUUGUAAGUUUACUUCUAAAUAUAGAAAAUUAACGUU